CCUUAUACAGAAGAUACAGUCACGAUGAUAGAUAAAGACUCCUAACGCUUGUGUAGGCUAUAUAAUCAACCUUAACCUGGACGUAGCCGAAAAAUUCUAUUCAGUGUGAACCGUAAUCUCGUUCGCGAUGGAGGUUAAUCUGUUCUACUUCGGAGCCAUUGUGGCUAUUCUCGGUGCCCUGUACUACUUGUUGACGGAAAAGCAUGGCUACUUCCACGACAAACCGAUUCCUGCGAUGGGAGCGAAACCGAUUCUCGGAAGCAUCGGCGACCUAAUGCUGCAGCGAGUGCCGUUCAACACGUUCUUGCAGGCAGCUUACGACAAGUACUCCGGAGUCAAGGUAUUUGGGAUGUUCGAUCUGAUGACGCCGACGUACGUCAUCCGUGAUCCGGAGCUGAUCAAGCAGGUCGGCGUCAAAGACUUCGAUCAUUUCGUCGAUCAUGAACAGGUGUUUGGAAACUCGAGCUACGAUCAUCCGAAUUUGCUGACUGGAAAGACGCUGUUUUCGCUGACGGGUUCGCGCUGGAAGACGAUGCGAGCAACGCUGAGUCCGGCUUUUACUGGGAGUAAGAUGCGGUAUAUGUUUGAACUGAUCGUGGAGUGCAUCGAAAGGGCAGUGAAGUAUUACGAAGAAGAGGCUGAGAAGAAGGGAGCACAGGUAUACGAGAUGAAGGAUGUUUUCUCGAGGUUUGCGAACGAUGUGAUCGCUACGUGCGCGUUUGGACUGCAGGUCGAAUCUUCUCGGGAUAGAGAUAACGAGUUCUUCGUCAACGGAAGUAAGAUGCUGGAUUUCGGCAAACCGUCGUUUAUUUUGAGACUAAUGGGACAUCAGUUAAUUCCAUGGUUGAUGGCCUUCUUCGGAUGGGAUGUGAUCGACGGACAGCAAAAUACAUACUUCAAGACGUUGAUCAUGGACGCGAUCAAGGAGCGGGAACAUCGGGGUAUCGUUCGACCCGACAUGAUAAAUCUGUUGAUCCAGGCUAAGAAAGGUACUUUGAAGCAUCAGCAAGAGAAUGAGCAGGUGCCGGAGGGAUUCGCAACGGUCCAAGAAUCGGAAGUUGGAAAAUCAACGGCCACUACGACGAUGACGGACGUGGAAAUGGUCGCACAGUGCUUGAUCUUCUUUCUAGCAGGGUUCGACACGGUUUCGACUUCGCUGCUCUACACUUCAUAUGAGCUUGCGGUUAAUCCAGAAGUUCAAGAGAAGCUGUACGACGAGAUCCAGAAUACUCGAACCGCUCUGGGCGGUAAACCGUUGACGUACGAUGCAGUGCAGAAGAUGAAAUACAUGGACAUGGUGAUAUCCGAGGUGCUUCGCAAGUGGCCGCCAAUUGCGUCCACCGAUCGCGUUUGCACCAAGAACUACGUGAUGGACGAAGGAAACGGAAUCAAGUACACGAUCGAGAAGGGAGCGGCCUUAUGGUUCCCAACGUAUGCGUUACACCAUGAUCCCAAGUACUACCCGCAGCCGGAGAAGUUCGAUCCGGAGCGAUUCAGUGACGAACGGAAGGGUAGCAUCAAUACGGGAGCUUAUCUACCGUUCGGUAUCGGUCCGAGAAACUGCAUCGGAUCGAGGUUUGCCCUGGCCGAGGUGAAAACCAUCCUGUACUACAUGUUGGGUAGCUUUUCGUUCGAGCGAUGCAGCAAGACGGAAGUUCCUCCGGUGAUGCCGAAAGGAUUCGAUGUAAUUCCGGUAAAUGGCAUGCAUAUAGAGUUCAAGCCAAGACCAAAGGGGUAGAGUGUGGUACAAAUAUGAGGCUUUAACUUUAUCUGCGCUUUGGAGAAGGGUUGCAAACAUGUGAAAUCCAUUGAUAACAGCGGGAAAACAUUCGGUUGCUAUGGAAAAUUUCGCCUACUGCGAUAACGACUUCAAAAGUCGAAGAUUACUUAUCGCAGCCUACCGGAUAUUCAAGUUGGUCAGAUUUGGUAAACAAUGUCAAGUUUGUGAGUUUUUUUUCCCACGGUGAAAGAUCCACAGCGAAGUUACAUUCUUUUACAUAUGAACCGUGAAGAAUAAAAUAAGGAAAAUGAAUAAACUGAAGCAAUGGCUAUUAAGUA